ACCUUUCACCCGCACUCCCUGGGGUGAAUGACCUUAAGGGCAAGUUGGAACUGCAGGCACAGCUGAUCACAACACAACCAUGGAGAAUACUGGAGAGCUAGCGGGCCGUACCAUCUUCAUCACGGGGGCGAGCAGGGGUAUAGGGAAAGCCAUCGCCCUGAAGUGUGCUCGAGACGGAGCCAAUGUUGUCAUCGCAGCCAAGACGGCAGAACCCCACCCCAAACUUCCCGGCACGAUCUACACAGCAGCUAGGGAGAUUGAGGCAGCGGGAGGAAAAUGUCUGCCAUGUAUCGUUGACAUCCGGUACGAGGACCAGGUUCAGGCGGCAGUAGAUCAGGCUGUGCAGAAGUUUGGAGGGAUCGACGUGCUGGUGAACAACGCCAGCGCCAUCAGUCCCACGGGAACGCUCGCAACUCCGAUGAAAACUUACGACCUCAUGAACAACAUCAACGCAAGGGGAACCUUCAUGGUGUGA